AUGGGCAAGAGACCGUCUGGGGACGGCGGCUCGUGCGGGGUCAUGCCGCGGGGCUUCGUAGCGGGGCCCACGUUCCGCGUGAAGCCUGGCGGCACCCUCUCGGUCCGUUUGAUCAACAGCCUGGACAGUGCCAACAUCGGUGUAGGCUGCGACGUCACGGGGACUCAGUACUGUAAAGCUGCUACCACGAAUCUGCAUACGCAUGGCCUGCACGUCUCUUCCAAGGGCUCUGACGAGCUGACGUACUCCAGCGACGACGCGUUUGUCGAGGUGCCUCCUGGCGGCUCCAAAGACUAUCAGUACAGCAUCCCUGGCUACCAUAUGGGCGGCACGCACUGGUACCACCCGCACUUUCACCACUCCACCGCUCUUCAGGCGGGCGGUGGCGCGGCUGGUGUGCUCAUCGUGGACGAUCCCCCGGGCUAUCUGCCAGGUGCGUACAGCAGCAUGGUCGAGAAGGUCCUCUUCAUUGGGAAUUCUCGUUUGUUUCUGUUCAAGACAAGAGGUCUUGUCUUGGAGUGUUCACGGGUCGCCCGGCCGGUGCUUGGGGGCAGUUUUACGGUAACACAACGAGUCGCGAAAGCCUAG